GAGAUCUACACGCUUGACCAAGUUCAAAGAACACACACCAUGCCAGACUCAACGCCGAGUUUAGCUGACUGGCUCGCGCGAUCGAAAGCGGACUAUCUGCGAGCUGUUGACAAUGGGCAGGGAGGCGAGUGGACAAUUGUCAUGGGCAACGAAGCUGGAGACCUCGACUCCAUCGCGAGUUCCAUCGCAUUCGCAUGGUUUCUGAAUACCGUUCGCGGAACGUCUGCGGUGCCGAUGAUCCAGACCUCCUGCGCGGACCUGAAGCUACGUCCGGAGAAUAUCUAUGCGCUGUCUCUUGCAGAAAUCGAUCCCUCCGGACACACACUGCUCUGUAUGGACGAUAUCCCGUCGUCGUCGCCCUUUCCGUCGAGCAAUUUCGCGUUGGUGGAUCACAAUAGACUGCUUUCCCGGUUCAGCGAAAACAAUUCAUCGGCGCGGGUGGUAGCCGUGGUGGACCAUCAUGAUGACGAAGGACUCUACAAGGACACCGCCGAUCCCCGUCUGAUUGCGGUUCCGACCGGUAGCUGCGCAUCCCUGGUUUCGCAAUUGCUCGCCCGGAGCUGCGCGGACGCCAUACCCGCUGAACUCGCGACUCUCCUGCUAUGUGGCAUUCUUAUCGAUACGCAAGGUCUGAAGAAAGGAGGCAAGGCAGAGCCGACGGACCGGGAUGCCGCCGGAUUCCUACUUCCUCGUUCCACCCUCGGUCGAUCCCUUCAAGUGACCCAUACCGAACCGAACGACGUACCAGCCGUCAAAGAACUCACUGACAGCCUGCAGCAGAAGAAAUCCGCUGUAUCUGAUCUUGGUGCGAGGGAUCUCUUGCGUAGAGAUUACAAGGAAUACUCUUGGAAACCCUCAUGGACGUCCAAUUCCAGCGCUUUGCCAGUUGGCCUGGCUACCGUGCCUCUCGGCCUUGCAGAAUGGGCUCACCGAGCUGACUUCUGGCCGGCCAUUGAGUCUUGGAUGGACGAACGCGACCUAGCGGCACUUGGUAUACUUACUUCGUACCAUGACACCAAGAACAAGAAACAUACCGCGAAUGGACACACAAAGGGAAAGGGGAAACACAAGCGCGAAGUCAUGUUCGUGCUCAGAGAAGACGGUCAUGGCCAGCUUCCUCGUGCAAUGUGGGCGGGUUUGGAGGGCAGCGAAGCGCUGCAACUGAAGGAGCGGAAGUGGGAGAAGAUCGGAACCGCACCGAAUUUAGGUGCGAAGGCGUGUGCGAGGGUCUGGAAGCAGCGGAAUACGGAUGCCACCAGGAAACAGAUCGCGCCUCUGGUGAAAACGAUCAUUGAGGGGACUGGCGUGUCGCGAAUGUGAUGUUGGAUUACUUGUCGUUAACCGCAGGUUUAACAACAGUACAACGGUUC